AUGAACCAAGAAUUACUAAUUCAACUUGGCGAACGAGCUUGUAAGAACGCUGAAAACUUGACGCUUCCCGCCGAACUCAAUGGUAUUUUCUUCUGUGCUCCGAGCUACAAAGAAGGAUUAGCAACCCAAGUGUUCGUUGCAAUAGCAUUUGUCCUUCUCAUGGCGACUGCAAUAAUUGGAAAUUCUGUUGUAAUGUGGAUAAUCUACAAGCAUAAAGUAAUGCACUAUGGAUUCAACUAUUUCCUUUUCAACAUGGCUUUUGCUGACCUUUUGAUUGCACUUUUCAAUGUUGGAACUUCUUGGACAUACAAUUUAUAUUACGACUGGUGGUAUGGAGAUCUCUGCACUCUCACUUCAUUCUUUGGUAUUGCUCCAACAACUGUUUCAGUGUGCUCAAUGAUGGCUCUCAGUUGGGAUAGAUGCCAAGCAGUCGUGAAUCCUCUCCAAAAACGUCCGCUCUCUCGAAAAAGAUCUGUCAUCGCAAUUCUCAUUAUUUGGGUUGUUUCAACGGUCACUGCACUUCCUUUUGCAAUUGCUGCAUCUGUCAACUCAUUCUUCACAUAUGAUGUCGUCACUUCAACUGUCUCGAAAACACAUGUCUGCUCGGCACCUGUAAACACUUUCUUUGAGAAAGUGUUGUUUGGAAUUCAAUACGCACUUCCAAUUAUAAUUCUUGGAUCAACAUUCACGAGAAUCGCAGUGGCAUUCCGAGCAACAAAUGAGGCAACUGAUAGUAGUCUGAAGAAUAAUCAUACGAGGGCAAAGAGCAAGGCAGUCAAAAUGCUCUUCCUGAUGGUCGUCGCAUUCGUCGUCUGCUGGCUUCCAUAUCACAUUUAUCAUGCAUUCGCACUUGAGGAAUUCUUCGAUGCAACUCAUGGAAAAUAUGCAUAUUUAUUGAUUUAUUGGAUUGCAAUGUCCAGUUGUGCAUACAAUCCAAUCAUUUAUUGUUUUGCUAACGAAAGAUUCCGAAUUGGUUUCCGGUAUGUCUUCCGAUGGAUUCCUGUGAUUGAUUGCAAGAAAGAACAGUACGAAUAUUCCCAAUUAUUCCCAGAUAAAAUGCGAAGUAUGGCAAUUUCACUUCAAAAGGGAAGAGUCAAUUCUUCGUGUUUAGACAAGAAAGUCAAGGAGAACUCUUCUCAAGAUAUGGUUCAUUGUGUAAUGCAUCCUGAAAAGAACACGAAGAAAUACUCAAAAGUACAUUUGCUAAGUUGCCAUGAGCGAUGA